AUGAUGAAUUCCGGUGUACAUGUCAGGGUUGCUGUGUCACUCGGCCCGUUCGGCGUUUCCCUUCCCCGUCGCCCUUCCGCACCGGCUCUAGGGCUCUUCCGGUCCUCAGCCGCCCCUCACCUGCAGGCCCCUCGCCCGCCGCGCCCCGGCGCACUCCUGGCCUCUUCUGCGGACUGAUCUCGCGCGGUGCCUGGGCCCCGGGUGCCGGACCGACAAGGGCCAUGGCGAGCGGUGCCGCCAGGUACCGGCUGAGUUGCUCGCUCCCAGGCCACGAGCUGGAUGUGCGGGGCCUGGUAUGCAGCCUCUAUCCGCCGGGGGCCUUUGUGUCCGUGUCCCGAGACCGCACCACCCGUCUCUGGGUCCCAGACAGUCCUAACAGGGGCUUUACAGAAAUGCACUGUAUGAGUGGCCACUCCAAUUUUGUAUCUUGUGUAUGCAUCAUACCUUCAAGUGAUAUGUACCCUCAUGGACUAAUCGCCACUGGAGGAAAUGACCACAAUAUUUGUAUUUUCUCACUGGAAAGUCCAGCACCACUUUAUAUACUAAAAGGUCACAAAAAUACUGUUUGUAGUCUUUCAUCUGGAAAAUUUGGGACAUUACUUAGUGGCUCAUGGGAUACCACUGCUAAAGUUUGGCUGAAUGACAAGUGCAUGAUGACCUUACAGGGUCAUACAGCCGCAGUAUGGGCAGUAAAGAUCUUACCUGAACAGGGCUUAAUGUUAACUGGAUCAGCAGACAAGACUAUUAAGCUGUGGAAAGCUGGAAGAUGCGAGAGGACUUUUUCAGGGCAUGAAGACUGUGUACGAGGUUUAGCUAUUUUGAGUGAAACAGAAUUUCUUUCCUGUGCAAAUGAUGCUAGUAUUAGAAGGUGGCAAAUCACUGGCGAGUGUCUUGAAGUAUAUUAUGGACAUACCAACUAUAUUUAUAGCAUAUCUGUUUUUCCAAAUUGUAAAGAUUUUGUGACAACGGCAGAAGACAGAUCUCUGAGAAUCUGGAAACGUGGGGAAUGUGCCCAGACAAUCCGACUUCCAGCUCAGUCUAUAUGGUGCUGCUGUGUUCUAGCCAAUGGUGACAUUGUGGUUGGUGCGAGUGAUGGUAUUAUUAGAGUGUUUACGGAAUCAGAGGAUCGGACAGCAAGUGCUGAGGAAAUCAAGGCUUUUGAAAAAGAACUCUCUCAGGCAACCAUUGAUUCUAAAACCGGUGAUUUAGGGGACAUUAAUGCUGAGCAGCUUCCUGGGAGGGAGCAUCUGAAUGAACCUGGUACUAGAGAAGGACAAACCCGUCUAAUCAAAGAUGGGGAGAAAGUCGAAGCCUAUCAGUGGAGUGUUAGCGAAGGGAGAUGGAUAAAAAUUGGUGAUGUUGUUGGCUCAUCUGGUGCUAAUCAGCAAACAUCUGGAAAAGUUUUAUAUGAAGGAAAAGAGUUUGAUUAUGUUUUCUCAAUUGAUGUCAAUGAAGGUGGACCAUCGUAUAAAUUGCCAUAUAACGUCAGUGAUGAUCCUUGGUUAACUGCAUACAACUUCUUACAGAAGAAUGAUUUGAAUCCCAUGUUUUUGGAUCAAGUGGCUAAAUUUAUUAUUGAUAACACGAAAGGUCAAACCUUAGGACUUGGGAACACCAGUUUUUCAGAUCCUUUUACAGGUGGUGGUCGGUAUGUUCCAGGGUCUUCAUCAGGAUCUGCUAACACGCUGCCUGCGGCAGAUCCUUUUACAGGCAGUGGUCGUUAUGUGCCAGGGUCUGCCAGUAUGGGGACUACCAUGGCUGGAGCUGAUCCAUUUACAGGCAAUAGUGCCUACCGAUCAGCUGCAUCUAAGACGGUGAAUAUUUAUUUCCCUAAAAAAGAGGCUGUCACUUUUGACCAGGCAAACCCUACACAAAUAUUAGGUAAACUGAAGGAACUUAAUGGAGCUGCAUCUGAAGAGAAGAAGUUAACGGAGGAUGACUUGAUACUUCUUGAAAAGAUACUGUCUCUAAUAUGUAAUAAUUCUUCAGAAAAACCCACAGCCCAGCAACUUCAGAUUCUGUGGAAAGCUAUUUACUGGCCUGAAGAUAUUGUCUUUCCUGCACUUGACAUUCUUCGGUUGUCAAUUAAACAUCCCAGCGUGAACGAGAACUUCUGCAACGAAAAGGAAGGGGCUCAGUUCAGCAGUCAUCUUAUCAGUCUUCUGAACCCUAAAGGAAAGCCGGCAAACCAGCUGCUUGCUCUGAGGACUUUUUGCAAUUGUUUUGUUGGCCAGGCAGGACAAAAGCUCAUGAUGUCCCAAAGGGAAUCUCUAAUGUCACAUGCAAUAGAACUGAAAUCAGGGAGCAAUAAGAACAUUCACAUUGCUCUGGCUACCUUGACCCUGAACUAUUCUGUUUGUUUUCAUAAAGACCAUAACAUUGAAGGGAAAGCUCAGUGCUUGUCAGUAAUUAGCACAGUCUUGGAAGUUGUACAAGACCUCGAAGCCACUUUUAGACUCCUUGUGGCUCUUGGGACACUUAUCAGUGACGAUUUAAAUGCUGUACAGUUAGCCAAGUCUUUAGGUGUUGAUUCUCAAAUAAAAAAGUAUGCCUCAGUAUCAGAACCAGCUAAAGUAAGUGAAUGCUGUAGACUUAUCCUAAAUUUACUGUAACAAUGGGGACGGGAACUGAGAUUUUAAAUUGAUUAGUGGUUUUUUCCCUCACGUUUUACAUGACUGAUUACAGAUGUUAAAAAAAAAAAAAAAGGAUGCUGUGGAAUAAGUAAAAUUUCAGAUCUUGUAAAGUGGGGGAGGGUAAGAGGAGACAAAGAAGAAAUAAAAUUUUUGCACUGAUGAA